AUUUUUCAGAAAGCUGACAUGUCUGUGAGUCCACUAGCUAUAUCUUCACAGCGAUCUACAGUUGUGGAUUUCUCCUUUCCGUAUUAUUACGACUACAGUGGAGUCGGAUAUAAACUACCGGAUCCUAAUCUGAGUAAAUGGAAGAAAUUAUUGGCUCCGUUUAAAUGGGAAGUGUUCUUAUGCAUCAUUAUAUCGUUUAUAUUGUUACUAUUGCUACUCUACACCAUUGAGAGACAGAAUCCUUUCUACAAAACCAACCAGAUUCCCAAAUUUACUGACAUUUUCCUAUUUUCGACAUUGCAUUAUGACUUCCAUUUUGCAGGCUGCUCAAACCAACCAAAAUCAGCGAGUGGAAGAUGUAUCGUGGCUUUCUGGUGGCUGUUUUCCAUCAUUUUGGUCGCUGCCUACAGUGGGAAUUUAAUAGCGUUUUUAACCGUUACUAAAGAUCAACAACCGUUGACGUCCUUGAUGGAACUUGGUCAGCAGAGCGAGUAUAGAUGGGGAACUGUAGGCAGUAGUGUUUGGGAGACAUUUCUUGAGGUAUGUUCAUGCUAA